AGUGCUGCCUGUAUAUGGUCGGAUGAGGAGGAACGUGCAGAUGAAAUUCAAGCAUCUUCUAGCCUUUGUCCCAUUGACGUUGGUGGGGAUGUGGGUUGUCACUUGUGAUGGUGGACAAAGUGAGAGCCCUGAAGAAUGGAAUGUGAGGCUCAGCGGUACUGGCUCCAGAUGUUCUGGGUGGCUGGAGAUCUAUCACAUAGGCAAACAGAAGAGAAUUUGUACUGAUCAUUGGACACGGCAGAAUGCAGAACUUGCCUGUAAACAGCUUGGUUGUGGCUUCCCCUUUGGAAUGCUGGAACCAUAUCCCAAACAACCAGAGAAGCAAGAGACUCACAUAUUGGACUGCAAGGGGAAUGAGACAGCCCUGGAGGACUGCGUAUGGCAAGAAUCCAACUGUACAUCCCAUGUGGCCUUGGUUUGUCAAGAUCCCAUGGAAAUCUCCACAGCAUCAGAUCCGACGACAGUGCCAUUGGUGACCUUCUCAAAGUCCACUGAUGCUCCAAGGAUAAGGCUAGAAGAUGGGACCACGUUAUGUUCUAGGGCCGUGGAGCCGAACUUUGGAGAACAUUGGGAAAUGGUUUGCCUGAAUAUGCAAAGAUGGUGGAGUAGGCUAGUACCCAGGGAUUGCCAAGGAGCAGACUGUGAAGCUGCAGUAGGACUUAAGGAUCUGGAGAGGAAGAAUUCUUUGCCUGUCCACUGGUCGAAGGUGCAGUGUGAGCAAAAGCACCUUAGCUUGGACUGUCUGAGCAUGACCAAGGAGUGCUUGAAUAUAACCAUGCUUAAAUGCUCAGACCAAAUUUCCAAGCCCAGGGUGUCGAAUACAGAGACCGUCUUAGGAAUCCUGUUAGGUCUUAUCCUCACGGCAGUCCUUCUGGUUAUCUGUGUUCCCCCAACUUAUAAAAAACUGGUGAACAAAUAUUCCAAAAAAAGGCAGCACCAGUGGAUUGGCCCAAGUGGAAUGAACCAAAAUGUUUCAUUCCAUCGCAACAGUUCUAUUGCCUUCCAGCCACAUCCUGAAAACCACAAAAUCCAGGAAGAGAAUAACUAUCCAGCCCUCAAGAAAAACUCUUCUCUCUCACCCUAUGCAGCUCUGGAAGGAGCAACCAACAGAUCUUCCAACCCUACAGACAACUCUUCCGACAGCGAUUAUGACUUAUGUUCUGCUCAACAAGUGUGAAAUUUGACAGGUACAGAGAGAAUCCAAUACAAGGAAUAACUGAAGGAGGGAUCAAGCCAACUGAAAAAUGCCCCCCCACUGGUCACUGUGAAAUACCAUUGGCAUCCUCCCUGCAACCAUACUUUAUCUACCUUCAUAGAAAUGUGAUGGCAAAACCAGCGUACCUCCUUUUAAAUGCACUGACAGGAAUUAGGAUCUCUAUCUCCAAUCACCCAGUGCGCUAUUGUUCUAAGUCCAAAUCUCAAGUGGUGGCAUUCUGUUGAAUCUGUUUGAGGGCCUAUAAAAAUGUCCUUUGGGCUUCAGGUGUAGUACAGCUUUUGCCAACUUUAUGCCCUCCAGAUGUUUUGGACUACAAUGCCCAUCAACCCCAGCCAGGAUGGGUGUUUUUAAGAUGUUUUAAACUGUUUUAGUGUUUUUGUUUGCCAUUCUGGGCUGCUGCUGGGAGGGUGGGAUAUAAAUUUAAUGAAUGAAUGAAGUUGGCAGAGACUGCUUUAGUAGUACACUAGUGGAUAUCUGUAUCUCCAAGUGACAACCAUUACAAAAUGAGGACUGCUGUCCAAAAGAAUGCUAAGGUCCCUGGCAAGCACUGACUGAGAAGGAUUUCUAACAAUGGCAAGUAAAGCUUCAGGAGAGUUCAGCAUAUGUUCAGUAGCCAUACCAUGUGUGGCCUUGCUCAGUUGGCUGGGUAACCUGACUUUCUUAGUUAGACAGGAAAGUAAAAUUUAAAAAGCAAGGAAAACUGUCAUUAUUGAACAAACCAGGACUACUUUUUUAUGUUUCCAAGCAUAAGAGCUUAUACCAGUAUCCAAUGUCCUACUGACAAAACUAGAAUGUUUAUCAGUUAUAGUUGUGUUGUAAUUGAGCAAAUAUAGGAGCAGGUUGUAGCGGGUUUUAAACAAUCAUUACCGCUUUGUUUUGUAUCCAAGUACAUCUGUAAUUUAAUUUGUAAA